ACCCGAUUGGGCAGGGCUUGGGAGGCGGGGCCUGGCGGAGGACCGCCCCUUCCUGCCUGGGCCCGCCUCACUUUCAGUUUCGUUUCUGGCCUUCCUGUGGGCGGAAGGGAAGGAAGCGCCCUGAGGGGAGAAAGAGAGGAUGGCGUCGUCCCCGCCGCCGUCCCCGCCGGCCUCGCGGUGGGUGGAGGUGCGGGGCUUCCCCGCGGAGGCGGCGGAGGAGCUGCUGGUGCUCUACUUCGAGAACCGGCGCCGGUCCGGAGGGGGGCCCGUGCGGGACUUCCGGCGGAAGGGCUCCCGCGCCCUCCUGGCCUUCGAGCAGGCCGCAGAUGCAGAGAGUGUCCUCUCCAGAGCCGACCACGUCCUGCAAGGCGUCCACCUGGAGGUCCGUCCGGGGCCCCCCCGCGACCCCAAGCGGGUGCUCCUCCACGGCCUGAGUCCCCAGAGCAGCCAGGACCUGGUGGAGCUGUACGUGGAGCACAUGCUGAAGUGCGAGCGGGGCGCCUACUCCCUCUUCCGCAGCCCCGACGGCAGGCAGGCCCUGGUGCAGCUCCAGCGGCCCCUCAGCCACGCAGAGUUCCUGUCCCUGGCGGAGCAGGUGGGGGGCCGCCCGCUGGAGGGGUCCCGCCUGGGCCUGGAGUGGCUGGAGCAGGCGGAGGGCCUGCUGGUGCGCAGCCGCGGCGGGAAGGAGCCCCUGCGGAAGGACCUGCUGGAGCUCUACUUCGAGAGCAAGCGCAGCGGAGGGGGGCCCGUGCGCCAGGUGCGCCUCCUCCCGGGGGGCACCACCGCCAUCGUCACCUUCCAGGAGCGGGAAGCGGUGGAGAGGGUCCUGCAGCAGAGCUCCCACCAGCUCCCGGGGCUCCCCUUGGAUGUCUGUCCUCACUAUGAUUUCCUGGAGCCCACAGAAGAGAAAGAAGAGGAGGAAGAAGUGUGGGAAGUGCCCAAUGGAGGAGGAGGAGAGGGGGGCAUGGACACCUUUCUGGAGGAGUCCCCCGCACUGGCCUGGGUCCCCCUUCCGGAGGAGGCCCCCCCGCAGCUGCUGCAGUCCAGCCUGGUCAUGCAAGAACUCUCCUCCCCGGUGCCCGAGUGCUCCCUGCGCCUGGAGGGGCUCCAGCUGUGCAUCUCGGGGGGAGACCCCGCCACACGCUCCCGGCUGGAGACCCACGUCCGAGGGGCCUUGCGGGGGGUGGUCAAGGAGUUCGUGCCCCUCCCCGAUUGGACAACGGCGGACUUCCUGCAGCGGGAGGAUGUCCAGCAGGGCCUGGCGGAGCGGCUGGCGGAGCGCCGGGUGGCGGCCUGCUUCCUGCCUGUGGACAAGAGCGAGACUUCGGUAACGGCGGUGGCCCUGACGGCGCUCCAGGCCCGGCAAGCGGCCUCCCUGCUGGGCUCCUUCCUGAAGCGCUUCUCGCUCCCGCUCUCGGAGCGGCAGCUGCCGGCCCUGGCCUCCUCCGCCUGGGAGCGCCUGCAAGCGGAGCUGCGCCUGUGCCUCCUGCGCCCGGCCGAGGACGGGACCCGGCUGGAGGGGGCGACGCUGUCCGGGCUGGAGGACGAGAACGCGGAGAGAGCGGAGGCCUUCCUGCGGGAGAGCGCGCCCGACGAGGCCCUGGUGGCCAUGGAGCCCGGGCAGCUCCGCUUCCUGCAGCUCUUCCACCAGGAGGUCCUGGCCGGGCUGGCCCACCUGGCCCCGCUGCCCAUCGAGGGCAAGGACGUCACCGGCCUGCGGCUGAGCGGGGGGUCCGGGGCAUGCCAGGCGGGGGCUGAGCUGCUCCAGAGCCUCCUGGGGACCAUCCACUCGCAGACGGUGGUCCUGGAUCGCCUGCCCGGCAUCAGCCGCUUCCUGCUGGACGACCGGGGCCGCGCCAUCGUCCAGGGCCUGGAGCCCCGCUUCCGCUGUGCCGUGGGCCUGGAGCGCGUCCACUGGAGACCCCCGGAAGGACGGCAUGAACUGGAGAUGUCUCAGGAGCCACUGGCCUUGGAUUGUGAGCGGGAUCCCCCCCACAGAUUGCAGCGUUUGGGGGUCCAGGGCGACACAGAGCGGGACCAGGGCAGAGCCAACCUGGCGGUGCUCAAGGGGCUCCUGGCCGCCCUGCAGCCCCCCAGCGCCUCCCCUUCCCUUGCGGUCGAGGAGGAGGAAGAGGAGGACCUCUACACCGCGAUGGAGCAGGUCCCGGCGGAUGCAGCCCAGAAGGAGGGAGUGAAGGAGACGGAGGAGGGGGUGCCGGAGGGGCCCCUGAGUGUAGAGGCGAUGGAGGAGGGUCCCCUGCCCCUCGAGGAACUGGCCAAGGUCAAGCAAGCGGAGGAGGAGGAGGAGGAGGCGCAGCUGCUGCUGGCCAUCCAGGAGUCCAUGGACAGCGCCCGGCGGGAGGAGGACGAGCUCCGCCGCGCCACCGAGCUCUCCUUGCUCUCCUGGGAGCAGGAGCAGCGGCCGGACCCCGAGGAGGAGGAGGAGGCGGCCCUCCUGUCGGCCAUGAACGACUCCCUGGAGAACAACGACACGGUGGCUCUGGUGGUCUGGGCGGAGUCUGCGGGGGCCGCGGAGGGGCUACAGAAAGUGCUGGAGGCGGCCCUGGCGGUCCAGGUGCGGGAGGAGGAGGUGUCCCACGAGGCCCUGCGCCAGCUGCCCCCCCUCUGCCGGCAGUACCUGGCCCACCUGGAGCGCAAGCACGGCGUCCGCAUCGCCCUGGACGGAGCCAAGGCCACUCUGCGGGGCUUCGCCGACCACCCGGUGGCCGCCACCCGCGACCUGGCGCUGCUGCUGGCCCGCUUCCUGCCGGCCGAGGCCCCGGUGGGAGGCACCCCGAGAAGGGCCCAGUGGGUGCGCUGGGAGCCCUCGGGCCGGGGGUCCCCCACGCCCUACUCCGCCCAGGCCAGCGCCGUGCUGGAGGGGGCCUGGCAGCGGGGCCUGCGCAGGGUGGACCUCUUCUUCGGGGGGCGGCCCUUCACCUUCGACUUCCACCGCAUGGAGGAGUACGACGUCGGCAACGCCCGGACCCUGCCCAUCGGGCGCGUGGAGCCCCCCGCCGACCCAGACCCGCUGGCGGAGGACGAGGUGAAGCUGGUGCCGCUGGUGGAGGGCUCCGAGGAGUUCCGGGACACCGUGCGGCACUUCUACGACACGCUGGAGGAGCUCCACAGCAAGAUCCGCAUCGUCAAGGUGGAGAAGCUGGUGCACCCGCUGCUCUACCGCCAGUACCAGCUGAAGAAGGCGGCCAUGGAGAAGGCCUGCGGGCACCAGGAGGUGGAGCGCAUCCUGUACCACGGCACCACCGAGCAGUCCACGCGCGAGAUCUGCCAGCACGGCUUCAACCGCAGCUUCUGCGGGAAGAACGCCACGCUCUACGGCCACGGGGUCUACUUUGCCCGCAAGGCCUGCCUCUCGGUCAAGGAGCAGUACUCGCCCUCCGGCCCCGGCGGCAACAAGCACGUCUUCGUGGCCCGGACCUUGGUGGGGGACUUCACCGCGGGGAGCGUCGGCAUGCGGGCCCCCCCAUUGCGAGAGGGGGAGGAAGAGAGAGAGGAGGGGGCUCCGUGCCGGCGGUACGACAGCACCGUGGACUGUCCCCACGACCCCUCCAUCUUCGUCAUCUUCAACGACACCCAGGCCUACCCCCAGUUCCUCAUCACUUGCCAAUGGUCCAAGAAGAAGACCUGAGAAGGCCACGGCCUUAUUCUAGGGACAACUUGGGGUCUCCCGCGGGGUGUUUUGGACUCCAACUCCCACCAUUCCUGGCCUCAGGCCCCUUCCUUUUCCCCCUCCGCCGCUUAAGCGGCGGAGGGGGAAAAGGAAGGG